AUGUCUGAUUUCCUCUUUGGGGAUCUCACAGCAGGCACAGCCAUCCUGGGCAUUCUUCUCGGUAUGCUUCUGGCAGUGGUAGUUCCACGUCUACUAAAGCCGAGUACCACUCCUUCUGGUGAGAAGAAGGACUACAUGGACCUUGUGUCGACGGGACAGGUUCUGUUCGAUGACAACAGGAAGGAGGGCCAGUGCUGUGUGCAUUCUGCACAGAUCUUUGAAAAGCAGGUUGACUUCAACGCAUUUUCCAGACAGUUCGUCAAGAUCUACGGCACUAAUGGUCGCUUUGGACAGCGCCUGGUGCACAAGGAAGACGAAAGGCCGUAUUGGAUCAAGCCAGACCCUUCAUGGGAACCUGAGGACAACAUUUCUUGUGUAACUGAUCGUACGGACCACGCCAAGUUUGAAGAGAUGAUUGCGAAAAUGUGCGCAACUCCUCUGCCUUUGACACAACCCUUGUGGCAGAUGGUGUACUUUCAGAAUUAUGUCCGAGAGGAUAACGGUGAGCUGACGAGUGCGUUCAUCUGGAAAUACCAUCAUUCGAUGGCUGAUGGCUUCACUGCUAUGCGUCAUACUUGUUCCCACUGUGUGCCAGCUAAGGAGGGACAGAAAAUGGAAGAUCUCUUUAUCCACCCUAAGGCGGGAAAUAAGCGUUCACGUCCGUCACUCUUCACUAUCGCCAAGAAAGCUGUGUUCGCCUUUUUCAAGCUGAUAUUCCUCCCAAAGGAUCCUGUAAACCCGUGCAAACCGAACUACAUGCAGAAACACGGAUCCAAGAGGGCAACCGCUUUCACUUAUCUCGGGGAAGAAUUCUCUGUUGCUAAGAUCAAGGAGAUCGCCCAUUCGGCUACUACUGCUGGAAAAAAGAAGUCAGUGAACGAUGUACUACUAGCUGCCAUCUCACGAGCGUUGGGUAUGUAUUGUGAAGAGAAGAAGGAUAAAAUGGAGGACGUCAAGAUUCCCGACAACUUCGAGUCGGCCAUGUGGGUGUCUCUCGACAGGGGCUCACCGUUCAAAUUCGAAGAAGGGGAGAGAAGAUGGGGGAAUAAGGGUCUGGGUGUUUGUUACUUGAGCUUGCCCAUUGGAGUCAAGUCCGCUGUUGAACAGCUGAAUAUUGUAUAUCAUCGAAUCAGAGAUCUCAUCGGAUCUCCCGAGCCCCUACUUGCCAACAAGCUCCAAGCGCUAGUUGCUCUAUUGCCGUAUCCUAUUGCCCAUUUCCUCUGGCCUAUCGUGACAGCUAAAGUAACACUAUCAAUCUCCAAUGUUCCUGGUCCACAAGCUCAACUGAGAUGGCCCGUCAACAGAGACGAGGAUCUCACGGAACAAAUACCCCGCUCCGGCAUUAUCAGAGAUAUGCUCUUCUUCGUGCCCCCCGUUUACGAUAUUGGUAUCAUGGCCUCUAUCAUUUCGUACAACAACCGAGUGAAUGUUGGUAUGACUACUGCCGGCGAAUGGAUAAAUCAAACCGAUGUCCAUCACAUCAUCUACGACCUCUUUCCUCGCGCCAUGAGAGAUAUUCGUGACGGUGUUGCCGCCUCCAAAGAUACUGAGUAGCGCUUCAGUGAUAGGCGUGACAAGUUUGUGUUCAUAAUACGAGUCUUGAUAUUUUAUCUCGAUAUUCGUAAUGCUCAAACAGGCGAAUUUAGACUCCGAGCUUUUGGGCUGCUGCUCCUACUUACUAUACG